UCCUGUGGAUUUUCAGUAUACAGCUAUCCUUACUCAACGCGUCAAUGCGUCCGGCAAUCUCCAACACAAAUCAACCUGUCAGGUUUCAGUUUGCAGCUUUCGUCACUCAAUGCGCCUAUGUGUCCGGCAGUCGCAAACGUCACUCAACCCGUUAGGUCUCAAUAUGCAGCUAUCCUCACUCGAGGCGUCAAUGUGUCUGGCACUAUCCAACGUCACUCAACUCGUGAGGUUUCAGUAUGUAGCUAUCCCCACGCAGCGCGUCUACGUGUCUGUCAAACUCAACAACCAAUGCAUCUGUGAGCUUUCAGUAUGUAGCUAUCUUCACUCAACACGUCUAUGUGUCCGACAAUCUCCAAUACAAAUCACCCUGUGAGGUUUCAGUAUGUGUCUUUCCUCACUCAAAGCGUCUAUGUGUCCGGCACUAUCCAACAUCAAGCGCGU